AUGAAUUCGAGAAUUUACUGUAUCAUAUCUUAUGCCUUAUCGUUUAUCGUGUGUGCAUUUGUAAUUUUCUGGCUAAACAAGUAUGAAAGGCAAGGAGUGCCACUACAGAAUUUAAGCAGAAUAUCUUCUAUAGUUCAAGAUAUUUAUGAUAAAAAUGGAAAAACGAGAAACAAAUGGGAAAAUGAAAAAUGGACAAAUAAAAAUGUGUCCCACUUGAGCAUAAAUAUAUAUAUUCUAUCUACACAGGAUAAAAGAAAUACUGAUUCAUUUGGGAUAAAAUUAAAAGAAUUUAUUGAAAAAGAAAUUGAAUUGGAAUAUAAUGAAAGGCCAGUUGCACACAGUCUAUCCGAUGUAAAGGACUUAUUUUUUGUUAAUCCACAUUUCAUUAGUAAUGACGAAAAAAUAAAAAAUGAUGAAAAUUGGAUGUACAAAUAUAUAUGUCUGAGCGGACCUGAACAAAUGGAUAUGUAUGAAGUGUUAAUCAAUAAAUAUUUUAUUUGUUUAAAUGAAAACAUAGAAAAGACGCAAAAUGUAAAUCUUUCAUUCAGCCUAAACACAAGCAACAUCAUCCAAGUGAAUUAUAACAAUGUGGAGGAUAAUUCAAAUAAAUAUUAUGAACUGUUCAUAAAAGAAACUUGGACAAUAAUAAAAAACACAUUUUUGUUGAGGUCAAAAAACAGAUCCCUUUCAUUUACCCCAGAACUUGAUUUGAAUUUUUACUUAGCUAGCAGUUUAUACAAUGAGGAAAAUUACAAAGUAGGGAAAUCUUACCCAAAGGAUCAAAUACCCAAGGAAGACUCUUCUACUAAUGGAAAAAAUAAUGAAAUAGUCGAAAAUUUUCAUAAGUCAUCCAAUGAGCUCGAUGACAGUUCUUCUAUCAAUGCGGAUGGGGAAGAUACCUCGACAAGUACUUCCAGAAGUGAAGAAAUUACAAGAAGUGAAGAAAAAAAAACGAACCUUGUAUUCAUUGCCACAUGGGAUUUUUACAACGAUGUAUAUUACCCUUACUUGAGAAAUUUCAUUGAGAGAUUACUAAACAUAUAUCAAAUAAAUGUGUACACACAAAUUAUUGCAAACAUUGAUUUAUUCAAAAUAUCUGAAAAGGCACAAGUUUAUUUGAAAGGUGAAGAAGCACAGAAAGCAGGCAACAAAAGAAUAAUAAUUUUGGACAAGAUUAACAAAUUUACAAACAUAUUUGAUGAUGUUACGUUUGAUAAUAUUUUGAAAAAACCAACUUAUCAAAUCCCAAAAAGUAUUAACUUUAUAGCUAUAUUUCCAAAUAAGGAGGAAAUUUUUUUUCAUAAUCCAGCCAAUGAAAAAUUUGAAACGACUGUCUCGUUUGUCGAAUGGGGAAUUGUACAUAUAAAUAAUUUAUUUCACAAAUUAAAUAAUAUGAAAGGAAAGAAAAAAAAAAAAAAAUACAUAGAUAUAUCAGAUCAAUCUCCUUUUAUUAGUGGAAUUUUUAUUUCCCACUUGAGAGGAUUUUUAGGAUUGUGCACUAAUUUAUCUGAUUAUAUCUUUACCAUUUUUAAUUCAGAUAAGUAUGAAGUAAAAUAUAUUAAAAGUGAAUCUACAGAUAAUAAAAAUAUCAUUUCGUAUUUCAUUACUUCAAGAAAUAAAUUAAACUUUUCUUUUUUUUAUAAUACCCCUUUGAAAAAAGGAAUUUCUGAUUUCGAAAUCUUAGCACUUAUGAGAGAAGCAUACAUAUAUUACAUCGUAGAAGCUUUAAAGAAUUUAAACAAACUAGUGUCCAUAUCUAACAUAAGUAUAUAUUUUAAAGUACCAACUCAUACACUUCCAAUUUAUAAUAGAGUACUCGAUAAUCUUAAUUGUAGCUUGGAUUUUAUGAGAGGAGAAGAGAGCUGUAAAAAAGCUGGACACAUAAAUAAACUAGUUCUGGAAACCUUACACCCCUAUGUUAAAUUGAACCAUACCAAUGAUCCUGCUAAUCAUUAUAGCGCUGCUGGUGAAGAUUAUAAUGACAAUAUUCUCAAUAAUGAGCAAUGGAAUCGAUAUAUAAAUUCUGCACGAUCGCAGGAAAUGUAUUUCAAGGCAGCACUUAUCUUGGCACAGUCUGCUUACCAGGAUUCUUUACAACUCCUGAUGGAUGACACGUUUUCCAUUUACGACAUCCUUUCGAAGGACUUUCUAUUGGCCUCUGUUCUGCCCAUUCUCAUUCCUUAUGCAAUUCCUGUCACGUUUUCACUGUUCAGGGAAUUUUUCAAGAUCAUUAAAAAGCAAAAGCAGAAGGUAGAUUAG